ACGAUUGGACAUUACCGUCGAGAGGUCCCCGCACCCCGACCCCCAACUCCACCACAUCACAUCACAUUUUUCAGUCCCAACUGAACCCAGUCCUCUCUACAGAUCCAAAUCCACCAAAAUUCAAAACUACUCGAACCACUUGUCACAUUUCAAGUUGGGGAGCUUGUGAAGACUUACUAGAUCACUUCACCAGGAGUCUUGUUAGGUUUAUCUUUUUUUUUUCCUUUACCUCAAGUUUCAUCUUGGAGCAACAAUUUUAAUCCCCUACUUUUGUUGUUUGCUAAGUGUCUAUCAUUGCACUCAGGUGAAUCGGUAGUUAGUUAUUAUGUCUAUCGUCGAGCGAUUCAAACGAGUUAUCUGCUCAAUCAAUGCUUGCUUUUGUGCUCAUUCUGAUCCCCUCGAUACAUCGAGCCCUAGACUUGUAUCUAUCGAGAAAAAUAGCGGAUUUUUGAAACGGAGCGAUAAUGAAGCAGCUGGCAAAAGUGCACCAAAAUCUGGGCACGAUGAUCUGGCUUCUUCAAUAACAGAGCCUUCAACUACCAUCUCAGAACAAUCCCACGUCUCACGGAAAAGUGACUUCUGGCUACAAGCUUCAGAAAAGCUGCGGACUAAGGAUCCGAAACUGGUAAGCAAUGACAUUGUCCUCGUCCGAAUCUACUUCGUUUCGAAUAUCACUUUCGUCCAACUAACUUCGCUACAUUUAGUUUGAACGCUACUCACUUAUAAUAUGCCGUGAAGAGGCCAAGAGCGACGAUAUUGACUUGAACAAGGCUCCGAAAAUCUUAGCGGACACGGCGACGCUUCUAGAAGUCUGCAAGACCAGUCUAGAAUCCAUGAAUUCCACAAGUAGCAGGGCGGGCAGGGUUCUUGGGGAGACAGUCAGGAUCGUGGGAUUAGCUAAAGAUUUCGUGGGAUCUGCCGUCAGUACAGAACCACAUGCGGCCAUUGCUUGGGCAGGUGUUUGUCUUUUCCUUCCGGUAUGUUGUGUCAUAAUCCACGCCUGAUUUUCAGAUUCUUUUGUUCUCCCUUUCAUAAUCUUCAAAGCUUAUAUAGAGUCUGCUAACAAGAAUUGAGCUCCUUCUCAAUCCUUCCCAGCAAGACAAUGCUCGUCGUAAAGGUCUCGAAGAAUUACCUUUCCUCAUACAAAAGUAUAGCCUCGUCGAGAGAAUUUGCACAAGUAAAAUUUCAAAUCCGAAGUUGGCGAGCACACAACAUACAUUAUCAAACGCAAUCGUUGAACUUUAUACCCAAAUACUCAUUUUCCAGGCUGAAGCUAUUUGUCAAUCAGAUAUGUCGAAGGUCAAAGGUUAUUUCCGGAAAGUUUUCCAAGUAGAUGAUUGGGAAAAUAUGCACCGCGAUAUCUUAAGAAUAGAAGGCCGAUGCUGGGGUUUAGCUCAAGCUAUCGACGGCGAUUGUUGUAGUAAGCUAUUAGAGGACUUCGAUAUCAAAUUGGCAGAGUUAUACAACACGGGGUGAGUUUUUGUAGCCACCGUCAGAGAAUUUGGAUGCGCUGACGGAUAUUUAGUUACGAGUUCCUUAAAGUCUCAAAGCAAACCUAUGAGGCUAUUGCCAAUCUUGCACAAGAAUCGGAACAACGCGAAAGAACCAUAGAAGAAAUGGAAUGUUUGCAAGCCUUUCGUUCGGGAAAACCUAUAUGAGGAACAAAAGAAUAUUAAUCCUGAUCGAGUACUUGGCACAUGCAAUUGGCUAUUGAAAGAUUCAACUUUCAUUGAUUGGCAACAAGGGCGAGGACCGGGUUUACUCUGGAUUUCUGCAGAUCCAGGAUGCGGAAAAUCAGUCUUGUCCAAAGCCUUUGUUAAUGAUAGACUGGUGGCAGUGACCCAGAGUACUGUUAUUUGUUAUUUUUUCUUCAAGGAUGUCUCUGUAUAUCAACGGAGUCCGACCAAGGCCAUUGCAGCAUUACUCCAUCAAAUAUUUUCAUCUAAGACCACCGAGCAUCUCUUAAAGCAUGCUAUGGAGGUCUGGAAAAAUAACGGCAGAGAGCUCUGCAAUAUAGCUGACAGCAUGUGGGCUAUUCUUGGAGCUAUUGCUGCCGAUCCAACUGCGGGAGAUAUUGUUUGUGUCAUCGAUGCUCUGGACGAAUGCGACGAUGUACUUCGGAAUUACUUCGUUAGAAAAUUGACUAGACUAGUGUCUGGGAAGACGCAGUGCCAUGUUAGAUUUGUAGUUACGAGUCGGCCCUACCACGAAAUACAAGAUAUAUUUGGGGAGCUUCAAAUUGACUCCAAGUCAUCUUUCCUCCGAAUUUUAGGCGAAGAAGAAUCUGAGGCUAUAUCAAAUGAUAUAGAGAUGGUCAUAGAACACAAAGUUUUUAGACUAUCCAAAUUGAAUGAUAGUGCUAAGCAAUCUCUUAUCAGCCGGCUACGAAAAAUGGAGAAUAAAACCUAUUUGUGGCUCUACCUAAUUUGGGGAACCAUCGCAACUGAAGCAAGUAUCACUGGUCGUCAGGAAAAUCUCUUUAAAGUUCUUGACAAACUACCUGACAGUGUGGGAGACGCGUAAGUUUCAUACACGGCCUCACGUUGUAGAUAUCAUGGUAGCUAAUCUCAUCCUAGAUAUGAGGCGAUACUGAAUAAAAGUCCUGAUAGGUCAAGGACCGAGAAACUACUCCAUAUCGUUGUCGGAGCAGAGCGCCCUCUAACUACCGAGGAAAUAAAUGUCGUGAUGCACAUCAACGUGGAUUAUACUGGAACACAAGCAUUUAGGCAUAUUCCGCUGGAGGACGCUGAUGCGUACCCUGCAAUUCUCCGUAGUCUUUGCGGACUCUUCAUACGCAUCGAGGGGGGAAAAGUGUAUCUCAUACAUCAGACAGCCAAAGAAUUUCUGGUCGAAACACAGUCCGAAAAGAGAAAAGAAAAUUUUUGGAAGCACUGUCUGCAACCAGGUACAUCUCACAGAAUUCUAGCUGAAGCAUGCAUUUCCUAUCUAUUUCUUGACGAUUUCGACAAUGAUGUUAAUAAGAGCUAUUGGUUUAUGAUAUGUCUGGAGUCAAUUAGAGCCAACAGAUUAGGCUGUUUUUUAGAUUAUUCUGCAUCUUUAUGGACUGUGCACUACCAAUGUGCAGCGCCUUUCGUCGUUCCUGCCGCCGUUGUCGACUUUUGUUCACCCUCGAACCGCCGCAGUUUUUGGCUCCACAUGAAUACGAUUCAGCCAGACAUUGAUGAUACUGCCAAUACCUUGAAAUUACUCUUAUCGAAAAUGGAGACGCUACCUUGUGAGUUUGUAAAAACCCACUUAGCCGAAUACGCGAGUCUUUCGUCCGAUAAGGUUGAGAUUGUGGGGCUAAUAUUGAAUCAUCCUCGUCACCCUGGGCCCAUACUUGAUGGAAAGCAGUCGCCAGUAGUAUUCGCAGCAUUAAAUGCCAACAUGAAAUGCAUGGAACUUUUAAUGAAUGAGCCUCAUGACAUUAACAAGUGCAAGGCAGUAGUCACUAACUGGGAUAAAAUUGAUAAGGCGAGGAGGUUUGCGGUAGAACAGAGGAGGCUUGCGGUAAAACAGGAGACGUUUACGCUAAGGAAUGGGAUGCUGAGCGUUGAUAGGUUGCGGGCUGAAGACUCAAACUCAGAUUCAGAUUCAGAUUUAAACGAAAACGAAAACGAGUUCUCACACCUCAUAGACGUUGAAAUAGAUGCAUUGUCUGGAGGAAUAAUUUCCGCAAAUGAAAAGAUUGUUGAACGUUUGAUUAUCGACGGAGCCGAUAUCAAUAUGAUUACAGAGCUUGGAACGCCUCUGUUCGUUGCAGCGGCGCUCUCUAGCAAAACAGUGGUUCAACAACUAAUUGAUAAAGGAGCUCAAAUUACCUCAUUUGAUGAUGAAGGGAUAGAGCAGCCCUCGCCUCUGGUUAUUGCUGCUGCCAGGGGAGAUAUUGAAAUCGUGAAAGUGUUGUUGAAGGCCGGUGCAAGGAUCGAUGAGGGGUUCGCAAUUGCCCAUUCUAUCAUUGCUUGCAAAGGGGUUAUUAAGCCGGGGUUUUAUCCUUCUGCUAUUGAAGCUGCGAAGAUGGGGCGCCAUCGGAGAAUGGUCAGAUUUCUGCAGGAAUAUAAAGCUAAGAAUGGCACCGCAGAGAUGGAGGGGGUUGGCAAUGUCAUGAAGCCGGGCAAAAUUUAAAGAGUUGGUAGAUGAUUGAUUGUGUGUAUUAAGUAUAUUUGUAACGAUCUGGUCGAGGCAGCGGCUGCCUGAGGUUCGUAUAAUUGGUAGUUGUAGGUUAAGGCUAUUAAUCACUAGUUAUUCACUUGAAAGUGAAUUCGUUAUUAGAUCAAGUAGAAUAUAGAUAAACUAAUUGA